GCGCGUGGCCGCGUGUCGCGUGUGAAAGCACGUUAAAGUCCGGGCGGAUCAGUUUCUACAGAGAGAGAGAAGAGAAAGCCUGAGAACAUAAGAGGCGAACGUCUGGAGUGCGCCGCCACCAUGCUGCAUCCAGAGUAUAUCGCGAGAGAGUCAAAGAAAAGCUAAUUUUGAAGAAUACGAUGCAAAGAAACGUGAGAAUGCUCAAAAGAUUGCUGAUCUCAAGAAAGAGAUCAAAGAGCUCUACGUGAAAUAUGCGGGAGCGAAAACUAAUAAAGAAGCGAUGGAGCGGGCAGCUGUGCUGAGUCAUGAUCUUAUAGCUUGCUCGAAAAAAGGCAAUUUGGAGGAAAUUAUUGCUACAGCAAGUGAGAAUAAUAUACGUCUAAGAAAAAAACUAGAUUUAAUUAAAUAUGAAAGAGAGAAGCAAGAAGAGACUUUAAAUGUUUUACAAACAGAACGCAAGGAAUUGGCGCGUAGACGCGGUCAUUGCGUGUUCAAGAGAAAGACGGAAAAACCUAUGAAAAAGAAAAUUGAGAAUCUGGAAGUUCGAUUGGAGCAUAUCCGAAUGAUGCAAAUUAGAGCGAAUAUCUCGCGCAUGAAAUAUCGCUCUGUUUCCUCCAAUUUAAAAGAAAAGUCUGUUUUUUAUGCCUCUUCUUUGAAAGACCUAGAGGACAGCAUAAGACAACAAGAGAACGAGAUCAAACGCUUACAGGGAGUAAAGGAGGAAGCUAUAGAAUUAAGAGAUAACACUCAAGAAACCCUGGUGAAGGAGGAAAUCGAGGAGAUAAAUUCCAGCAAAAAACGCGAUUCCGUCAUCAAAGAAUGCAGACAGCGCGUUUUGGAGCGUAAAAUGGAAUUGGAAAGGCUGGAGCGCAUGAUAUUUCAUACUCGUCGGGAUGAUUUCGAAACACGUGGGAAAAAUCGGACACAGGCACAAGAAGACAUUAUCAAGGACGAGCUGGCGCGACUGGAGGAAACGUUCGCCAAACUGCGGAAUGCUACCGGAGUGUCCAGGUCAGAGGAAGUUCUGAACCGGUUUCUGGGUCAGCAGGCGACCAAGGAGAGUCUACAGAAAAUGCGAGCGGCGACGGAACAAGAGAAGAUGAUGCUUGAAAAGAAGAGGCAGCAGCUCAGCGCCGAGAUGGAAACGAGAAAAUUUUCGGAAACGAAAAGCGCCGAACAGAACGCAGAGAUAGUGGCAAAACUCAAUUCGCAAAUUGACGAACAACAACGUCGUAAAGAGAGAGCCGAGGUUGCAAGUCAGCGAGUUCGGGAAGUCCUAAACGAUGUAACUAGUACGCUAUAUAAACUGUAUGAAAAGUUCCAGCAUGUAACAGGUACUCCUGUGUUGGAAGAUAUUAAAAUGGAUGAUACGUUAGCGAUUAUCGAAUUAUUAAGCGAUAAAGUCAAACACGAACUCGAUGUUUUAAGUGCAUCUGACAAAUAUCUUGAAGCGAUGGAUGAAGUCUUACUCGAGAAGUUGGAAACAAUGUCGGUGGCUACGACUUCGGCAGAAGGUAGAACAAUGCGUGCAAAUACUGGCCGGCCAUUGUUUCCACAAUUUCCAUCCUGCGCGAUUCCGGCUGCUCCUCUUUCAGAAGACGAAGAGGAAGUCCCAUCCCGAAACGGAUUAAAGAGACAGGCACAAUUGCUCGUCGAUACAAAAAGUCGUCGUAAAGGAUUUGCUUUUAGAAGAUAAAUUGUUCGAGCUAUAAAAACCAACAAAACUAAACCAACUAACAAAAUUCUAUUUUGUUCAUAUCCUCUUAUAAAAUUGGUAUAAAAUAAUUAUAU